AUGAUUGGUUCGAUACAAAAUUUCAAUCCGCGUGUGGACAGCUGGAUUUUAUACCAAGCACAGCUCGAGCAAUACUUCGAAAUAAAUGACAUCAAGGACACGGAAGCAUCUAAGAAGCGAGUAGCGGCGUUGAUCAGUUUAAUUGGCCAAGAUACUUACAAGAUACUCAGAGACCUGUGCACACCAAAAGCCCCUAAAGACAAGACGUACGAAGAGCUCUGCAACCACUUGAAGAAGCAUUUUUCUCCGACCACGUGCGUUUUCAGAGAGAGGUUAGAAUUCUACGACGCGAAGCAGUUGGAAGAAGAGACCGUGAACGAUUGGCACGUGCGAAUACACAAUCUCUCAACGAAUUGCGACUUCGGUGCGGACCUGGGGAACGUCCUCAAAGACAAAUUCGUGUGCGGUAUGCGAAAGGGCCCAAUUCGAGACCGACUGUGCGAGGAAAAGCCGAGCAAAUCACUAGAAAAUCUCUUGGAAAUCGCACUAGCGAGAGAAACCACCAUCAAGGCUGACAAGGAGAUUAAUCUGGUCCGAAAAGAAAGGUGGAAUCCAGAAUUUUCGGGCAACGCAAACAACACGUCAGGAGUACUCGAAGGACGCAGAAAUGGGAACAAUCCAAGGAGGUGGUCUUGUAAGGCAUGUGGAGCCGCACAUACAGGGAACCAGAGGUGCAAAUACGCAACGUACAAAUGCAACUCUUGCCAUAAAGUGGGUCAUUUAGCCAAGGUCUGUAGGUCAAGAGCUACACAAAACGCCAUAGAAGCGGAAGAAGAUUUUGAAGAGGCACAAAUUUUUAAUUUAGACUUUCAAGUGGAGGAACCAAUGAAGCUGCAGAGCAAUUGGGAUGUUACAAGCACAGGACGUUUAUACUAGAACUAAAAUCCGACAGCACCCAACCCAUUUAUCAUAAACCUAGAGCCCUACCCUUAUCCUAUAAAUCAAAAGUGGAAGCAGAACUACAGCAGUUGGAAGAGAAAGGUGUAAUUUCUCCCAUUGAGCACGGA